AUGACAGACUCUAUAACUGGUAGUACUAAUUUCAUAGCAAUAGCAACCUGGUUUGCACCUUCACCCCUUUUCAUCCUUGUAAACCUAGUCAUCGGUACCAUAGCCCUCGUUUCUUGCUUCAGCGUUGCACCCAAAACCAAAAUCAUCCAACGACCCAACUCUUUUAAUACCCGUCAAUACUACAACCACCAAGAACAAACAUCUAGUGUUACAGAACCCGAGUCAGGAUCCGAGUCUACUGAAUCCAAGCUCGUUCAAAUACCAUCCCUCUUAGAGCGUGUCGUGUCUUUCAAUCUCUCCCUUCAGAAACUUGCACCACCACACGUAAAAACACAUUACGUUCAAUCCGAAACCGAAAACACAUCCGCGGAACUGGAUCCAAAACUGGUUUGUGAUGAGGAGAAGAGCAUGGUGGAACUGAAGAGAUCGGUGAGCGAGAAAGAGUGCUCGGUGACGUUAGAUUGGGAGGAGGAAGAGAAUGAAGAAGCAUUGGAGAGAAGAAGACCUUCCACAGCGAUGGCGAAAAGUGAAACAAGCACGUGUAAAGAAGAUGAAGGGGUUGACGCAAAAGCUGGUGAUUUUAUCAUCAUGUUUAAAAAGCAACUGAAGUUGCAGAGGCUUAAUUCUUUAAUCCGUUACAGAAACACACUUACAAUUCCAUUUGAAUAG